AUGACCGAUUUGUUGGCAUCAAUUGAGGUAGACUGGGUGUCUUUGUCACGACGAGAGCCUGAACAUGAGCAGAAUCACGUUCUUUAUGGUAGCCUGAUGAUCGCUCUCACUCGUCUAGCUCUCACCGAAAGCGGGUGGAACACUCUUGCUCAACUGGCGCUACCGGAGGCCUAG